GAAUCGUAAUUAUGUGUUGCACGUCGAUAGCAGACCGUCCGCGACGACGCGAAAACAAGACGACGAAAGUCAUCGGGACGGCGCGCGCUGGAAAACCGGUUAGUUUUUCGUUCCGAACGCCGCCGUCUCACCGCGCGCCACCCUACCACAACACGCUCGACCGCAUUACUACACCGCAACACAUUACUAUUCAUGUAAUCGUAGUGUUUUUUUUUUCUACGUUUUCCCUUCUCCGCCGUUCGUUUUCCGCUCGAACGUAACACCGGCACAAUGACCUACGUAGGACGACACAUUUUUUACCUUUUCACCUUCAGUACACGUUUUGCAGCCACGCACGGUGCUUAGGUACGUCGUACGAAGAAAAAUUUAAAAAUAAUGGCGUUCGUGAACCAGUUGCUCAAGUCCGGUGUUUAUUUAACUGCUCUCGUCGGAUUUUUCACAUUGUUGCCCUCGCAACACAAUGACACAUUCACCCACUUCAGUAAUGUUCCAGAGAAGGCCUUAAUUGGUCCCUUAGCUUUAAAUGAAAAGCUAUCAGGUGCAUCCAAACUGUUUGAAAAUCAAAUUAAAGGACCUGAAGGGCUAAUAUAUUAUAAUAACACGUUGUAUUCAACAAUUCAUCUUGGUAAUGUUAUUAAAAUAGUUGAUGAUCAAAUCAUCCCUAUAGCAAAAUUUGGAAAACCCUGUGAUGGUAUAUACGAAGAACAUAUUUGUGGACGACCACUCGGUAUUACUACGGACAAUAAAGGAUUUUUGUAUGUAGCUGAUGCUUAUUAUGGUAUUUUUAAAAUCAAUGUGAAUUCUUCAAAUAAUUAUGGUGCCAAGGAGCAAAUAGUUUCAAUGGAGGAUGUUAUUGAUGGUGUACGACCAAAGUUACCAAAUUCUGUUGCAGUUUCAUCUGAUGGAACUAUCUAUUGGACUGACUCUGACUCACAUUAUGCAUUACAUGAUGGUGUUUAUACAAUUUUAGUUGAUGGUACUGGAAGACUUAUAAAAUAUGAUUCAAAACUGAAAAAAAAUACAGUUUUAAUGAAAAAUUUACAUUUUGCCAAUGGUAUUGAAUUAUCUGAUGAUGAAUCAUUUAUACUUGUUGCUGAAACCUUGAAAUUUCGCGUCCAUAAAUAUUAUUUAAAAGGACCUAAAGCAGGAGAAAGUUCAAUAUUUAUUGAUGGAUUACCUGGAAUGCCAGAUAAUAUUAAAAGAAUUGGUCAAUGGUUUUAUUUACCAUUAGUUCUUCACCGAAACACAUUUUAUAGUAAAAUUGGUGAAUAUCCAACUUUAAGAAUGAUGGCUACUAAAAGUCUUGGACUCUUAGACCAAACAUUUCAAAUACUUGAUUCAUUUUAUCCCAAUAUAUUUUUGAAAAAAGCUGCUCACUGGGUUGGACAUUUUGAAUCAUUAUCAUUUUUAAAUCAGCUUACGAAACCACGGCUUACUAUUUUAAAAGUUAAUGAAAAAGGUACUAUAAUAUCAAGUUGGCAUUCUACUACUGGAGAAGUAUUUGGUAUAUGUGAAGUCGAAGUUAUUGAUGAUAAAUUAUAUCUAGCCUCACCAUUUAACAACUUUUUAGGAGUCAUUAAACUGCCACAUGGUUUCUUAUAAACCAAACAUUUUAUAUUUUCAUCUUAGUUAUCUGUCACAUAUGUUACCUAAGUGAAUAAAGCCUAUUGAAAAAUAUUUUUUUGUAAA